GUUUAUUUCUGGGUUAUGACAAAGUACAAUAACAGCGAUAAAUACGGACAAAUUAUCAUUCCAGAUAUGAUUCAAAUAUGCUGAUGUUACCUUCUGAUAUCAUUACUUUCAAUGAAGAACAUCACUACAAUUGGUUGGGCUGCUAGAUUGGUAGCAACGUGAUGGACAGCUAGUACCUGACAUGCUGUUGUUGGUUUGGCAUCUAUUGCUUACUGGGCCGCUAUAUUGGAUGGACCAUACCUGUUGGUUGAACAAUUAUAAAUGGUUGGACUGGAAGUGUUGGUUGGACCACCAGUGUUGUUUGGACUGCUUGUUGGACAGAAUGUGUGAUAGACAACUAGUGUUAUUUGAAUCACCGUGCAUUCAGGAUACAGUAUUGAUUUUGACACACGACAAGACGGAUUAAAGCAGUAUAAAUCGAUAUUGGAAGCCUAUCACACUCAGAUUUGAUGAUGGAACCGAGGCCAGUUUUGAGGUGGACUUGCCAACAUGGAAGGCGGUAGUCGAGGAUAAAGAUCAGUCAAUGAUUGAUAAGCUGGUGAAAAAUUAUGAGGAAGCUAUGAUUGGCAAGGAAGGAGAAUCUGAAGCAGGAAGUAGAAGAAAUCAGGAAGUGCCAUGCUCUAUACCAGACCAAACUGUAACUCAACAGCCAAGCACUGACCAAUUGGUCCCUUCAGCUGAGGAUAAAGACAACAUUGCCUGGAAACAUGAAGACAUACUGAUGCUACUCUCCGCGUAUGAAGACCGCAAGGAUCUGUUCAGCAACAGUGCUUUUAAAUCAAAGGUGGUUUGGAAAGAAAAUUCUGAAGACAUGGCCUUGAGGGGAGUUGUAUAUAGUUCAGAAGCCUGCGACAAGAAGUUCAGGUCGAUGAAAUACAGAUACCGAACCAUAAUUGAUGCCUGUGGAAAGACGGGUAGAGGUCGAAGUCGAUGGGAGUACAUGGAGCGGAUGGAUAGUCUCCUGUGUAAGGACCCGGCUGUCCAUCCAGUGCGAGUGAUAAGCUCAUCCACAGAGACUGUCAAUAUUGAGAAUGCAACUACAACAGCAACCUCAAGUCAGAUGCCGCCUAAAACAACAAUGAAUAGUGAGGGUGAAGAGCCGUGCAAAAAGAAAACAAAAAAACAAAGUCAACCACCUGCUUGGUUCCAAAGCUUUGCUGAGGAACAAAAGUGUCAGUGGGAGAGCGUGAAAGCACUCUCCACACGCAUGGUUGAGGCAACAGAGAAGAGGAAUGACAUUUUAAGUCGCCUUACUGAUGCAUUGCUAAAAAAAUAACUUUAACUGAUAAUUUACUGGACCCCACAGCAAUAAUACAUUUCAUUAAUAUUAAACACGCAUUCCUUUAUACAAAACUGUCAACUUAUUUUAACAAUCAAACUUCCUUUAUUGCCUCAACCAUGUGUGACACUUCCCAGCAAGUUUUGGACCAUUGCAGGUGCAAUGAGUAAUCACACUGUCUGUCUGUCUGUUAGAUCAUUAGUAACUCUCAUUUUGAUUUUAUUUUCAUAAAUGUUUAAAGCUGCAUUUUUAUAUAUUACCGAGUUUUCCCCUUGUAUUAGAAUGAGCAUUUUGUUGUCGCAAAUAUCUGCAAAACAGUAAUAAAAUAUUGAUGAUAAAAAAUAGCAGAU